AUGGAGGCGGAGAAGGCGACGCGGACGGACGACGGGGAGACUGAGAUGGUGGUGGGAGGAGAGGCGCCGGUGACAAAAGAUGAUGAUGGUUUUGGUGGUGGUAACGGUGGUGUUCCUUCUGCAACAACGAAGACAAAUGGUAAAGUCGAGGAGAAGAAGAAUUCCAUCCAUCAAAUCGCGCCGGAAGAAGCGCCAUUUGCGGGUGGAGGAGGAGACGCGGCGGCAGCAGCGGCACGAGUUGCGGCAGCAAUGGCACCGGUUACGACGACGACGACGACGACAGCGCGCGAACAACAACAAUCGCAAUCGCAAUCGCAAUGCCUUCCCAUUCGAAUUCUGGAAGAUUUCGACGUGAGAGAAAAAGCAGACGAGAAGAAUUUAGUCGCCUUGACUUCGGCGAUGAAACCGUCGGAUUUGGUGGUAUUCGGGAAAGCGCGAAAAGUGGAAGGCGGCGAAAACGAGUUACCGUCGACGCUUUUGAUGAAAAAGCUACAACCGCAGCUGAGGCCACCGCACCCGUUGAAAUUGGUGGACGUUCUCGAUUGGUGCGUAUCGUACGACGAAGUGGAAGGCGGCGGGACGUAUUCUAUUUGGUUGGUCACGCCGAGAGCGUGGUAUAAACUCGGCCAACCGGGCGCGAAGUACGCCGCGACGUUCGCACAGACGAGACGGAGGGCAAUGUUUGCCAGCGUGUUUAAGAAGUGCAUCGAAGAAGAUUGGGAGUGUUCGUUUACGAAGGUGUUGGAGGCGAUGAAGAACGCGCCGAGAGUAGAUUUUGACGUGAAGGUAAAAAAGGAGACUUUGAAAGAGAAGAAAGACAACGACGGCACGGACGGAGAAUCCGAGGAAGAGGAAGAUGAGGACGACGAAGACGACGAAGAGGACGACGACGACGACGACGACGACGACGACGACGAGUUUUCGUACUCGGAGAAAGAAAUCAAGAAGGAUGGUUUCUUUGUGUGCUCGCAAGUCGAACAUCUUGUCAAGUCAGGCGUUCUGCUUCCUCCUGGAACGGAAGCUUCGAGACAUGGUAAGCCGUAUACCGGGAAACUUCCGAGAUGUUUGAUUUCCUUCAGUCGAUGGACGAUGAUUGCAAACAGGUUAGCGAGACAGAAGAAAGAUCGGAUGGAGAUGGAAAUGGAACGAAAAGAGCGAGCUAUUCAACGUGCGAAGGAACGCGCAGAGAGGAAAGAGUUGAGACUGGCGCAAAAAGAAGCGGCAAAGGAAGCGAGAGCAGAAGCGAGAGCGCUCGCUUUAAAGAAAAGUAAAGAACCAGUCGUCAUUCCACCUCGCAUAGCUGAUCCAACGAAGUGUUCGAGAGCGAUCGACGAAUUUCCGUGGGCCUCUCCAGCGAUUGUCGGUGAAGUAUUGAGUCUGUGGGACGUCGCGAGCGUGUACGAGACGAUUUUCUACGUCCCGACGACAACUCUUAGAAAGUUUGCGCACGCAUUCCUAUCGAAUACUGAGGAUUGCACUCCGAGUGAUGAUUUGCUCGUUCAAGACGUUAUCGUCGGUGCCAUUCGAGCCAUCGAGGCGCGCGCUGAUGCGGUGGAUUCUUCGGAGACGACGAGAAGAAACUCGAAGUUGGGCUUCACGGAAGCGCGAUCGAUUCAAGACCCGACGAUUGGCCUCCAAGACCUCGCGGCUUUAAAUUGGCGACAGCUGGCAAUCGAUAUGAUCACUGAGUUUCUCCCGUCGACACCGUGCAAUCCUAGAGUUCGAACUGGGGCACAAUUAGCGGUUCAAAAACUGCAAGAGUUGAUGAUGUACGAUGCGGACAACGUCUAUGCGUCCGAUUUAGAUGCCGGUUUGCGCGUUUCCUUAGCUUCAGCUUUAGUCAUCAUCGCCGCAGAUUCCGAAGGUUUCCACGAGUACGAGAUGCAAAAAAUCGAAGAAGUGCGUGAUAAGAAGCGAUAUACACUCGGUUCCAAAGCGUUCGACGUUGGGAUUCCGAUCGUCAUUCCAGAGGCGUCCUUGAAAAUCCCCAUCUUUGGCGGCGCGAAACAAGAAGACGUAAAAGAGGAAGAGAAAGAAGAAGUGAAGGAAGAUGAGAAGACAAAACCUGACGACGCAGCACAAUUGCAAGCGGCGGCGCCCGAUUCGGCCGGAAAACCAGAUAAGCGACGGAGUAACAGAUGUGGACACUGCCACACGUGUAUGAACCGCCAGUUACGACAAGCAUGUUUGACGCGUCGAAAAGAGGACGAAGCUAUGGGUAUUUUCCCCGCAUCUUCCCGCGAUCAAACGGCUGAGGUCAAGGCACCAGUUGUUUUAGAGGAUCCGAACAUGCGAAGACCGAAGGAUGACGACGAGAAGCGCAUGCUCUGGACGCGACAAGCGAUGCGAUGGUAUCGUGAUAACGACGAUCGACAAAUUUGGCGCCACGGAAGACCCGUUGCGGUUGAUGCGCGCGGACGUCGUUACUUCCAACUCGGCGGGAGGAACGGAAGUGGUAUGCUUUUUGUUGAGUCGCCAUUACCGUCGUGGCACGUUAAGACGCCGAAAUCGAAGGAGGAGAAAAAAUCCUCCCCGGAAAAAGUAAAGAAGGAAGAAAUCGACCAAGAGGAUGGCGAUGGCGAAAACGACGAGGACAACGAAGACAACGAUUCCGAAGGUGAGGAAGAAAAAGAAGUUGAACCUGCUGGUCCACCAGUGGACGAUGGUGAAUAUACGGAUAAUUAUCUCACCGAUUUACCUGUCGCGAAUACCGAUCAAGUCACCAUGGACAUCCCGGGUGUUUACGAGUCCGCUUCGAAUUGGGGCGUCGUUUACCCGAACGAGGAGCUUAUAGAGCUCGCGAAAUGGUGCGAUCCGAACUAUCCACACGAGAAAUAUAUAUGUCGAUGGGCGAACUUGGUUUCUAGAUCUGCCCUCGGUGAGACCUACGACGACGUGACGAGCGAAAAGCUCGACGAAGAGGAGACGCGAAGCAAGUUCAAAGAUUUUCUCAAGUCCAUCGAUGGAGAAUACGACGGGUAUGCGAAGAUUGACGAAAAAUGCGGUAGUUCUAAAGAAGCCGUCUUUGGAGACGCACACGCCAAAGCUUUGAAACUCGUUUCUGUGGCGCAAUAUUUGUUACACUCGACGCCGUUUUGGGUGCAAGAUUAUCGCUGGACGGAGAAGUUUCUGGAGUGCGACCAGGAACUGACGAACAUCAUAGAGCACGCGCCAGAAGCCGUCGUGUUGCAACGAUUGAUGAAGGCUUUCUUACUUUUAGAGGCAUGCUGCCGCACAUCUCAAGUUAUGGAUCCGCAAUGGCAGAACUCUCGCCAAUCUUGGAUUGCAAAGGUCAAAAAGUUCAUCAAGAAAUCACCGGAAGGCACCGGCGACGGUAGCGCCAAAGACGAAGAUUUCUGUGGCGAUGACGAAGCAAUGAUGGACGACAAUGCCGUCGAAGUUCCUUUGAAUGUCACUUCUGCCGCGUCUUUACUUCACAAACUUGUCGUGUUGCAAUUGACCGAUCCUGCGAGACUUUCUGCACACACUUUUGCGUUUUCCGAUCCAGAAGGUUUGGGCAAACACGCGUCGCAAAUCAAAACCGGCGACGUCGUCAUGCUCUGCAUGAACGGAUACAGAGAUACUAAGAAAGCGCAUCUUUCGGACGAGCUUAUCCCCCCGCAUUUUGUCGAUACCACGUUACUUCGCGACUAUGAACGGUGUAUUGUCAGAGCUACGGCAUUUAGAGGCGCGGAAGAGCACGACGAUGGCCAUGUCGAUGAACCAUGGGCGUGGUUCCUCCUCGAACUCAUCGAUGAACCGACGAGAGCAGAGGCGAGAAAAGCUGAACAAGCGAGAAGUUCAAAAGUCGCAAAGAAAAAGAAAAAGAAGCAUUUGAGAGAACCCGCGAAUUCAGACGAAGAGUUCGAGCGAGAGUUGCAAGAAACGUCGUCGGACGAGGAAGAGAUGGUCGACGAGAAGAGACGCUUGUUGGCGUGUCCGCUCAUACCGAGCGGGCAAGUAGGGGAUUACAUCGUCACUCUCGAGCAAUACGAAAGAGGUCAAAAUUUUGAUUGGAAAGCUGGUGAUAGAGUGAUGAUGCACUUUCCAGACGGCGAAGCUUUUGAAGAUAUUGAACGCGGCAUUGUGGAGGACGAGAACGAAACCGAUCCGGCGAAGAAAAUCAAAUACCUAGGCAAAGUCACAAAGGUGAAAAAAGGAGAGCCUUUUGACGGGGUUACGGUUGUUUGGGAUUCGGAGAAAAUUGAUGCAGAAAGCAGCGGGGAAGCCGCUACGACGACUUCGGUAUCUGCGUGGGAACUUGAACGCGCACCAAAGGAGAUCUUGAAGAAGAAGCCGCAAGUUGAUCGUGAUUUGAUAGCGCACAUGCGCGAACCGAUAUCGGCUUACAAGCCGUCGCAAACGGGCAGUAAACAGUUUGCGCGCCGUGAGAAUUCGGGAGCUAAGCAACCGGUGUACAUCAUGCACCGAUUCGACAUCUCGGAGGACGUAAGAAGAAAGAAUUGUGACAUUUAUGGACCAUCGAGUGGGAAAAUCGCGAGUCCCUACUUGACGCGAGCGGGCAACUUGGCCUCUGACCCGAUGCCGUAUCGCGAGACGAACGAGAUCAUCGCCAUGAAAAAGCAAGCGAAAGAUCUCGCCAUCGCGCUUGGAUGGAACGCAAAAGGCAUUCGAGAGCAGAAGUUUAUCGAUCAGUUCAACGAGUUGAAAAUGAAAGUACCGAUUCAAUACGGCACCGGUACCCCUCCGACGUUCUGCCGCGAGCCGCUCGAUUUGUACGCCUUGCUCGUCGAAGCUUUAUAUCGAGGUGGGUACAAUACCAUCACGCGAGAAAAGCUUUGGAAAUCGGUCGCGCGAGGUUUGCGCGUCGAUCUCAGCGGACAAACGUCCGCCUCCUUUGCAUUGCGCGUGAAGUACGAACAGUAUUUGCGCGAUUUGGAGUAUUUGGUCCGAGAAACGGGCGUCCCAGAGCCUCUCGCUGAAGGUGUCGAGCCGGUUGCGAGGUUCGAAGAGUACUUGGAAGCUGAAAAACGAAAGCCGGAUCCAGAAGUCAAAAAGUUCACGCAGGUUGUGCGUGACAAGGAAAACCAACAGUUUCGCGAACUCGACAUUCACAAGGGUAUCAUCACGCGUGCGCAAGCGGAUAAGGAGACGGCGGCGAUUCGACCGAAAUACGCCAAACGGUACCCGGAUUUGUUCAACGAGGCGUUGUUAUUGGCAAAUCGCGAUCAGUGCUUGAAGGACGAACCUGAAGUUCCUGUGGAGGUGCGGAUGGUUCGACUAGAGUCUAUCUUAGAUAAGACGUACGAGUUCAUCGAUGCAGCGCGGAGCGAAGAUCCAGAGGACUUUAAACACCACGAGGCAACGUUGAGAUCGGAGAGACCGAAACAAGGCGACGUGAAAAUGAAAGACGCUCCCCUAGUAAAAAAGAGUGCCACGCCAUCAAAGAAACGUAAAGCUCCCGAAAGGGACGACGACGAUGACGAAGAGGAAGAAGAAGAAGAAGAAGAAGAAGAAGAAGAAGAAGAGGAGGAAGAAGAAGAAGAGGAAGAAGAGGAAGAAGAGGACGAUAGCGAUUUUGAAGCGUAG